UUGGAGCAACAUACAAAUAAUAGCCAGAGGGCUUAAAACCUGGAGCAACAUGCUAUUUUUACAUUUCUAGUGUAACUGAUUACUGGUAAAUGCUUAUUUUUAAAUGCUAUUGGUUCUAGUCCAAAACAGGAAACCCUACUUUAUGUGUGUGAUGGAGCUGGUAAGAAUUCUCAUGAUAUACCCCUACCUCGAUAUAACGUGACCCAAUAUAACACGAAUUUGGAUAUAAUGCAGUAAAGCAGUGCUCCAGGAGGGCAGAGCUGCGCACUCAGAUGGAUCAAAGAAAGUUCAAUAUAACGUGGUUUCACCUAAACGCGGUAAGAUUUUUUGGCUCCCGAGGAUAGCGUUAUAUUGAGGUAGAGGUGUACUAACAGUCAUUGUCUCUGAGCUUUGGCUGAAUAUGACCCGCACAUGAACACAGUAUGUAUAUCAUUGUAUGUUGUUUUUAAAGCAUCUUUUAAAAAUCAAAAUGUGUGCAUUUUGUAUAUGAAACUGAUGUCUGAUAUAUGAUAAAUCCUUACUAUAUCCUUCAGACAAGAGAAGAACGGAAAAUGGAAGCUAUUCUGCAAGCUUUUGCCAGACUAGAGAAAAGAGAAAAAAGAAGAGAACAGGCUUUGGAAAGGAUCAGCACAGCUAAAACAGAGGUUAAAUCAGAAUGCAAGGAAUCACAGAUUAUCAGUGACACAGAGUUUAUUCAGGAGUCAGCAAAAGAGGAAACUGCCACCAGGCCAACCCCUGCCAAAGUUAAUAGAGCUAAACAAAGAAAAAGCUUCUCUCGGAGCAGAACACAUAUUGGACAGCAGCGUAGACGACACAGAACUGUCAGCACGUGUUCAGAUAUCCAGCCAUCUUCUCCAGAUGUGGAAGUUGCUUCACAACAGAAUGAACCUGAGAACACUGCACUUGCAGCUGAGCCUGAAACAGAAACUACUAUUGCAGAAAUAGUUACUGAAACAGAAGUUCCAGCACUUAAUAAAUGCCCUGCUAAGUAUCCUAAAACAAAGAAGCACUUGGUCAGUGAAUGGUUAAGUGAGAAGAAUGAGAAGACAGGAAAGCCUAUAGACAGCAUUUCUGAAAGGCCUCUGCGUAUAACUACAGAUCCUGAAGUUCUGGCUACGCAACUGAAUUCUUUACCAGGUCUCACUUACAGUCCACAUGUAUAUUCUACUCCUAAGCACUAUAUUCGUUUUACUUCACCAUUCCUUUCAGAAAAAAGGAGGAGAAAAGAACCCAUGGAAAACAUUACUGGCUCUUGCAAGAAGCGUUGGUUGAAGCAAGCUUUGGAAGAAGAAAACUCAGCAGUGCUAGACAGAUUUAAUUCUCCAUCUCAAGAAAGAUCUAGAAGUCCUGUGAUCAAUGGUGAAAAUAAAAGUCCAUUAUUAUUGAACGACAGUUGUUCCUUACCAGAUCUAACAACACCACUAAAAAAACGAAGAUUCUAUCAGUUGUUGGAUUCUGCUUAUUCAGAAACCUCCACACCUACUCCUUCUCCAUAUGCCACGCCAACACAUGCGGAUACCACUGCCACAGACCCAUCAUUGUUUGCUACUCCUCCUAGGAUAAAAGCAGAAGAUGAAACUUGUAGGAAUGGUUAUAAACCCAUAUAUUCACCAGUUACCCCUGUGACGCCAUGUAUACAUGGAAAUGCCAUGCACUUUGAGAAUAUUUCCUCACCUGACAGUUCCCCAGAAAUUAAGAGGCGAGCUUACAGUCAAGAGGGAUUUGACAGAUCAUCCACAAUUCUAGCACUAAAUUCUUUCAGAAAUUCCAGUCUGACAGAAAUGGGCCUGCAAGAAAUAAAGACUAUUGGAUAUUCUAGUCCAAGGAAUAGGACUGAUGUCACCAGGCAGUGCACUGGAGAAAAGGAAUCUGUAUCAGACCUUCAGCUGGGACUCGAAGUAAUUGAGCAAAGUACACUGCAUAAAAACUUGGAAGCCCCCUCACAUGAUAGGACUGAGUCUAACAGCCAACUAGAAACUGCUCAGUGUGGUCGGGGUACAAUUUAUUCUACAUGGGUAAAAAGCCCAGACAGGACAGGUAUAAAUUUUUCAAUGAAUUCUAAUUUGAGGGACUUGACACCUUCACAUCAGUUGGAAGUAGGAGGUGGAUUCAGAAUAAGUGAGUCAAAGUGCCUGAUUCAAGAUGAUGCAAGAGGCAUGUUUAUGGAAGCAUCUGUUUUUUGUACUUCAGAAGAUGGAAUUGCAUCUGGCUUUGGAAGGACUGUCAAUAACGACAUCUUGAUGGAUGGAAAUUGCACACCCCAGAAUCCUCCACAAAAGAAAAAGGUGUCUUUAUUAGAAUACCGAAAGAGACAACGAGAAGCUAGAAAAAGUGGUUCCAAGACCGAGAGCUUUUCUCUGGUUACCGUAUCUCCUCACGUUCCUGGUGGAGGAAGUAUAAGCAGUAACAAUGGUGCUAAUGAUGGGUAUAACAGUGGUGAAAAUGGGGAGCAAAUUGAUAGCACUGCUAACCUACCUUUACCAUUGCCAGCUACUGUUUAUAAUACAACUCCAGAAGAAACUGGCAACAACUGUCCAACUAAAGAAGCUUCUUCCAGUGAGAAGAAUGAACCAGAAGUUCAAUGGACUGCUUCAACUUCAGUGGAACAAGUGAGGGAGCGAAGUUAUCAAAGAGCUUUACUUCUCAGUGAUCAUAGGAAAGACAAGGACAGUGACCCUGAUCCUGAAAAUCCAGAGACCACAACUGAAUGUCCGUCCCCAGAUACUUCUCAAAAGACUUGCAAGAGUCCUUCAAAAGCAAGCAAGCCUUCUUCACCUGGUCCCGUAGUUUCAGCGCUGUCAACUGGGAGAACACCCACAAAACCAGAUUCUCACUGGGAAACUGCAGUUAAUACUCCAGAGGCUGAGAAUGUGAAUCAUCCAAAAUCUGAGCUGCAACAAAAACAACUGACAAAUAAUGUCCAAGUACUUUCAAAAACUCACCCAUCUCAGUCACAUUUGCGUAGUUCAACAGAGCAACUUUCCCAUUCACAAAAGCUGCCUUCUGCACCUUUGAAACUGCAUUGUCCCCCUUCACCUCAUGUAGAAAAUCCUCCAAAGUCAUCUACUCCUCACACACCUGUACAGCAUGGUUAUCUUUCACCAAAGCCUCACUCACAACAGUUAGGAUCUCCGUACAGACCUCAUCAUCCACAGUCACCUCAAGUUGGAACACCUCAGAGAGAAACACACAGAAGUUUUUAUCCAGCAGCACAGAACCUUCAGCCUGGUAGUCAGCAGCAGGCUAGUGGACAGUUGUUCAACCAGGCACCUUCAGGACAAUCUUCAGCAACUUAUAGUCAGUUUAACCAACAAAAUUUGAACAGCAGUGCACCGCCCCCACCUCCUCCCCCACCCCCUUCUUCUACUACUUACUAUCAAAACCAGCAGCCCUCUGGAAACUUUCAGAGUUAUAGUCAGUUAAAGGGUAGCAUACCCCAACAAACUGUUUUCUCCUCUGGACCAAAUCAAGCACUUCCUGGCACUACAGGCCAGCAAGCAGUUCCAGGACACCAUGUAACUGCAGGGCAUUUUUUGCCAUCUCAGAACUCCAGUAUUCAUCAUCAGGCUUCAGCAUCUGCUGUUCCUCCUCCUCCUCCACCACCACCUGCUCCAGGACCUCAUCUUGUACAGCAGCAAAGUUCCCAUCAGCAGCAUUCUGUAGCACAUGUAGUAGGUCCAGUUCAUGCUGUGGCAGUAGCCCCUGGAUCACACAUUCAUUCUCAAGCUGCUGGUCACCAUUUGCCACCACCGCCUCCACCCCCAGGUCCUCUACCCCACCAUCAACCUCCUCAUUCCACAACAGGACAUCAAAGUCUACAAGCACAACACCAGCAUGUAGUAAAUUCAGCUCCUCCACCCCCACCACCUCCACUUUCCAAUGUUUUAGGCUCUGGGCAUCACCCAGCAUCAGCACAAGGGUUACAUCAUCCAUCACAUCAAGGACCCCCACAUUUUCCUUCAAGUGCUCAUUCAAGUGUAUCUUCCUAUUCAUCACAAGCCCCACAUCAUACAACUUUGGGACCUGGACCUCAACAUCAGCCUGCUGGAACAGGACCUCACUGUCCACUACCGGGUCAAGGUCCUCAUAUCCAACCUCAAGGACCAAACAGUAUUCCAACACCUACAGCUUCAGGAUUCUGUCCUCAUCCUGGCUCUGUAACCCUUCCUCAUGGGGUGCAAGGACCUCAGCAGGCAUCUCCAGUGCCUGGACAAAUUCCUAUUCACAGAGCACAGGUGCCACCAACUUUUCAAAAUAAUUACCAUGGUUCAGGGUGGCAUUAAAAUGGGACCCUUGCUCCUAAACAUUUUAAAAAUGUUUCUGUAAGAUAAACUGUGUAUAUUUCAUAUGUACCUGUUCAAGGUACUUUUUAAAGCUUGUACAUGAUACUUUGUAUAAAAGUAAACAAACACCAGUGCUCUUUCAUUGUAUUCUUUCCAUUUUUUUGCUUUUUUAAAAUUCCUGAAAAUGUGCUGUUCAGCCAGUAUUAGGUAUUUCUUUUUAUUUUGUAAGUGAACAUUCCAGCAGUUUUUUCCGGCAGUAGAUUUGAUGCUGCAUAAUCUUUAAAUUUUAUUGUUGCAGUUAAAUUCAUUUAGUGAAUGUUUUCUAUAUUACUUUUUAUACAUAUGUAAUUAAAUAAGUACACUGAUAGAGAUGGCACGAAUAGGUUUUUCAUUUUCUCCUGUCAGCAGUUCUUUGUGUGCAUAUAGCUAGAAAACAAUGCAAUACAGAUUUUUUUAUAGUUUGGUGUGGACAUGACUUUUGUUUCAUCAGUUAUUUGCAGAAAUGUAAUUUAAUGUAUAGAUUGUUUCUAACAUCUCUGACAACUGCUGUAAAUAGUGUAUUUCUUUUGCGUGUAAAAUUGCUUAAGGCUUCUUUCAUUUGAUAUAGUACUGUACAUAAUGACAAGUCUCUUUUGCAAAAAUGUGUGAUCUUUGUGGAAGUAGUACAGUAUAUGAUCUUUAAUUUUUUAAUAUACUGUCACAUUGCAGCACUGGUUGGGCAUUUUAAUUCAUGUUAAUAAAUCACAAUUAUGUCAGUUUUAA